AUGGGGAUCACGGAUAAACUUUGUCAAGCUUUGCAAAACCAAUUGCAAGACAUUUUAAAUGCUACACAUUUAGUUUCAUCCACUAAAAAACUUAUUCAACAAUUUAGAGAUGAGAAAUGGGAUGACUUACUAGCUACUGUGAUAUCAUUUUGUAAGGAAUGUGGUUUAGAUGUCCCUGAUACGAAUGCUUGUUAUGUUGCAAGAUUUGGUCAAUCUUGUCUUCAACAAGAGGACUUUAGAAAUGAGCAUUAUUAUAAAGUAGAUAUUUUUAAUGCAAGAAUAGAUUCUCAAUUACAGGAACUAAAUCAUCAGUUUAGUGAGCAUGCCAUGGAGUUACUUACGCUUAGCUCAGCUCUAGACCCUCGAGAGGCAUAUGAAUCUGUUAGAGUCAGUGAUAUUUGUUUAUUGGUAGAUAAUUUUUAUCCAAUAGACUUCACAGCUAAUGAAAAGAAUGAUUUGAAAAAGGAACUUGAUCUUUAUAAGUAUGAUGUAGUUCAGCAUUCAGGGUUCAAGAAUUUGAAAAAUAUUUCAGAAUAUUGCCAAUGGAUGGUGAGAACUAGAAAAUCAGAAUACUAUCAACUUAUUUCUAGAGUGGUCAAGCUUGUGCUUACUCUUCCCGUUUCUACUGCAACUACAGACAAAUACUACAAAAGCUCAAGAAUGAGGUUUCGAGCAUUUUCCCUUGUCCUGAUGAUGGUGAGCUCUUGCUUGGCUGCAGAAAAAAAGACUUUAUCGGCCAAAAUGAAUAUGGAAGCUCAAAAGCCGCUUUUUGAUAAUGAAAAAGUUGACGUUGGGUAUGGUGGAGGCACUGUGAAUAAUCAUCAUUACAUUCUUAUGGAGGAUUUCAAUAACAACAACAAUGGUGGCGGCGGUAACAGUGGGAAUGGCAAUGGGUAA